CAAAUGUCAUUAAUUUUAUAUAUUCAUUCAUGAAAAAAAUAAACACGAAAUUCAUUGUCUGCUAAAUUUUAGCAUAAAAAGUUUUACAAACACUAAAUUCCGACGUAACGUUUCAGAGCAAAAUAAUAAAAAAAUGUCUAACGAAAAGAAGAUAAUGUCCACAGCAGAGCCACCAACUGCAUCAGCCUCCAUGAAUAACGGAGCAUUUAAUAAUGAUUGCAAUAAUGUAAAUAAUCGGCCGCCACCACCCUCAUAUGAAGAGAGCCAACGAAUGUACGCGGCUGCUACAAAUCAUGGAGCAACAAAUCAAUAUCCAGCGCCAUAUAUGCAAUCUUAUAAUUAUAACGCCACAUCCAGUUAUAUGCAAAGCUAUGGCGCAGCAGCACCUCCACCACAAUACUAUCAACACCAUUAUGUUACCGCAACGGCACCACCGACUUUUAACAACGUGAAAGAACCGCAUGUACUUUCUUUAGCACCAGGCGCCAAAAUACGCACAACAACAGGUGGUGCAGUGACCGUUCCACCUCCGCCACCAGGCUAUGCUCCUACUGCGGCGCAGUACGCAGCGAUGCAGGGACAACCUGUCCUACUAAAGAAAACAAAGCGUUCGUUUUUCUAAGGCAUAAUCGAGGAUAAAGACAAACAAGCGUUAAAUAGACAUUGUGGACAGAGGAUAUUUAUAUUUUGCCCGAGUGUAUAUAUGUGUGACAAGCCGAUUUAUUUAUCAUUUAAAUAAAAACAACAGCUUUAAUAUGUAUAUCGAUUAUAAAUGUUAAAAAUAAAAUACAUUCGUAUGUAAUUGUAUAUACGCGAAUAAAACGA